GCAGGAAUCCCCAUCAGACUCUUGAACGAGGCCCAGGGCCAUGUCAUCUCGCUCGAACUCACCACUGGCGACACCUACCGCGGAAAGUUGUUGGAAAACGAAGACAACAUGAACUUGUCGUUAUACGACGUGGUCAUCACCAAGGGCCGCACGGGUGCCACCUCCCAUAUGGACCAGGUGUUUGUCAGAGGGUCCAUGAUCCGGUUCGUCAGCGUUCCUGAGAUCUUGCGUAACGCCCCCAUGUUCUUCGUCAAGCCUGGCGAAAAGCCUCGUCCACCUGUCAGAGGACCA